AUGGAGCAGUAUAUGCCUCUUUCAUCCGAUAGCCGCACGAGUGAUCACAUGGACGAUCUGGAGCUCUCAGACAUCGACAUGGAAAAGAUUCAUGAACACCCCUUGCCAAAAUGGUAUCGAUUGCCCGGGUGGAGAAUCUCACCGAGAUGGGAGUUUCCGCAGAAUUGGAAGAUCUGGUCAACAGAUGACUUGACGAAGCCAAAGAAUAUGGCGUCUCUGAUUCUCGCAGGCUUUCUCGUCGCACUCCCACGGUUCCUGCGGCCUGCUGGUUUGAAAAGACCGAAGAAACUGCAUCCGACAGCUUAUCUUGAUGCUCUGAGAGGCUGGGCGGCACUACUUGUCUUCCGAUUUCACAUGUACUACAACAAAACGUGGCUUCUCGAGCUCCCGGUCGUUCGCGGGCUCCUCAAUGGCCGUGCCAUGGUCGAAGUCUUUUUCGUCAUCUCCGGAUACGUGCUCAGCUACCGACUUCUCAAGAUGAUGCGCAAUCAGCAGCCAGACCUCCUUCGGGCUUUGGCUUCAUCGACGUUCAGACGAUGGUUUCGACUGUUCAUUCCGACAGGCACUGGCUCUUUGAUCGUCGCUCUCACCUCGUAUUUCGGCUGGUGUCGAGGAGACCUUCGUCAGGGGACUUUCCUUGGUCAAAUCUGGGAUUGGUUCUGGGAUUUCGGCUCGACCACUAAUCCAUUUGCCGAUAUCAAAGGCUGGUGGUAUCCAAGCGUCUUCCGCACAAAGUACCUCGACCCGAUGUGGACUAUUCCUGUCGAGUUCAGAGGCAGCAUAGUGCUGUUCUCAUUUUGUGGCGUCGCGGCUUUCUUCUCUACGAGAGGUCGCAGGAUCUGUUGUGCUCUUGUUAUACUUCUCUGUUACUACUGGUGGACUAUCUACGCAGCUUUAUUCUUGAUCGGUCUGAUGAUAGCGGAUCUUUCAUUCGAUCGCCAUCCGGAACGCCUACACCCUGUGCCUCUUCCGCAGCGGCAGAACGAAGAAGCAGCACCAAGUCGCAAAACUAGCAGCAAAAUCCUCACCAAGGUCGGGUGCAGUCUUCUUGUUGUCGUCGCACUCUUCCUCUUCGGACAGCCGCCAGACGGAUGGAGCUAUCAAGGACCCUUCCCCUUCGACUACCUCAGCAAGGUUAUACCGUGGUGGUAUCCCCUCGACCUCAGUGAAUACUUCUGGCUCAGCAUCGGAGCCGGUCUUCUGGUUUUUGCCCUGGAUAAUUGCCGCAUGCUCCAGAUUCCUUUCGAGCUCAGCUUUUCUCAGUAUCUCGGGGAUAUCUCGUUCGGUAUCUACGUCAUGCAUGAUAUCGUCAACUGGUGCUUCUACGAGCCCAUCGUGGAACCUUGGCGCGCUGCACACCUCGGCGAUGGUUACUGGUCCGGACUCCCGGGCAUGCUGGUCACCACGACUGUUGUCCUUUGGGCCGCCGACUAUUUCUCACGGAUCGAUGCCUGGGUCGUGUGGUUCGGCAAGUGGCUGGAGUCAAAGGCCUUUGUCAAGGUGGACAAUUGA